AUGGCGUCCAAUAUCCUCCAGCUCCCGUUCCGGCGCUCCCACGCUGUCUCGCUGUCCGAUGCCAUUACCCAGUAUAUCUCCUCGAAAUAUGACCAGCGCCCGGAUAUGUUCGCCGAUGAUCUGAUGAUCAUUGAUCGUCUGAGGUCCGAGGCUGUAAAUGUCCAAGAACCGCAUUACAGCGGUAUCACGCGCCUCGUUACCUAUGCAGCACAGUUGAAAUGGCUGGGUGGAAAGUUCCCGAUCGAUGUUGGUGUGGACUUUUCAUGGUAUCCUGCCUUUGGAUUCAACGCUUCGCGACCCAUCUCCCAAAACAACCUACGAUUUGAAUUGGCGAAUGUCAUAUUCAACCUCGCCGCUCUAUACUCCCAGCUUGCGUACGCGGCCAACCUGACGACCGCCGACGGACUGAAGCAGGCCUGCAACCAUCUCUGCUCGGCUGCUGGAGUAUUGAACCACCUUCGAACCGAUAUUAUUCCGGAUUUGCGCGCUUCACCACCAGAGGACAUGGACGAAAUGACACUGCAGAGCUUGGAGCUGCUGCUGCUUGCGCAGGGUCAGGAAUGUUUCUGGCAGAAGGCCGUCAAGGACGGAUUGAAGGACGUGUCCAUCGCAAAGCUGGCAGCCAAGGUAUCUGAUUUCUACGGGGAUGCGGGUGACUUGGCUGUCAAGUCGAAUGCGAUCAGCACAGAUUGGAUCCAUCAUAUGACUGCAAAGCAUCACCACUUCGCAGCAGCCGCGCAGUUCCGACAAUCGCUCGAUUGUUUGGAGAAGCGCAAGUACGGCGAGGAAGUCGCGCGACUGCGUGAUAGCUUGCUCUGUGUCAGCGAAGGUUUGAAAGAGCAGCGAUGGAUCAACCGGACUGUCCUCGGCGACUUGAACGGACUGAAGACUCGGGUCGCGGAGGAUUUGAAGCGCGCCGAGAAGGACAACGAUGUGAUCUAUCUGAGUCCUGUGCCGCCAAAGUCCGAGCUCAAGACGAUCGAGCGUGCGAGCAUGGUGCUUGCAAAAGCGCCUUCGCAGGUCACUGAUGCUGUUUCUAUGCUCGGAGAUAAUGGCCCAUUGGGACAGCCGUUGUUUUCGAAGUUGGUGCCGUAUGCUGUUCACAUUGCUGCCAGCAUUUACACGGACCGCCGCGACCGAAUGGUCAAUGAAAGUUUGAUUGGAGAAUUGGAAUCGAUGUCCGACAAGCUACGAGAUUUACUUUCCUCGUUGAACUUGCCUGGAUCGCUGCAAGCACUCGAGAAGCCACUGGGUCUUCCGCCAACGCUUGUCUCACAUGCCGAAGAAAUGCGACAGCAAGAUGGCCUCAACAGGUUACACCGGUCUAUUGAAGACACCGCCAAGGUCAAAUCCAAUGACCUGGCAGUCUAUAACGAGGGCGUUGAGCUCCUCGCCGCCGAAAAGGCCGAGGACAUUGCCGCCCGCAAUAAGUACGGCACCGAUCGCUGGACCCGCGGGACCUCGGAAUCAGCUGCGCCCAAGAUCUACAAGACCUUGAAUGAGAUCAGCGGCUAUUUCACCUCUGCCCAGAGUAGUGAUGAUCUUGUGCAGCGCAAGCUGCGGGAUUCACGCUCAGUCUUCCUCGUCCUUACGGGUACGAAUCGGGACUUGGAAUCCUAUGUGCCUAGUAGCCGCAGGGCUGCUAUUCCCGUCGAGUUGGAACGGGAGUCAAAUAGACUGCGUGGCUGUUUGAGUGAAGUCACGCGGAUGGAGAAUCGCCGCCGCCGACGCAUUCAGACCUUGAAGGAUAAGGCUCGUGGGGAUGAUAUUCACCCUGCGCUUCUCAGAGAGACGGCUCGACUGGAACGGGAGUUCCCGAUGCAGCCUAUUCAGGCGAGCCAGUUCGAGGAUUUGUUUCAAGAGGAGCUCAAACUCUAUGAUACUGACCGUGAAAUGCUGGCACAAGAACGAAGGGACCAAGAUCAUCUCUCAGAGCAGGUUCGCGAGGCGAACCGCGCCUUUACUGGUGCACACAAGGGUGAUGCUUCUACGAAGGAACGGGAAACCGCUUUACAGGAUCUUGAAAAUGGAUACUUGAAGUACAAAGAGAUCAUCUCCAACAUCGAUGUUGGACGGAAGUUCUACAACGAUCUUGCAAAAAUAGUCGGUCGCUUCCGCGAUGAUGGGAAGGCAUUCGUCCACCAACGUCGGAUGGAAGCAAGCCAGCUGGAAACAGACAUCUCCAAUGCCACGGCCAUGUCCUCACUGCACAUCACCCAACCUCACCUCCGCCCACAACCCCAGCAACCAGCGCCGCGCGCACACCCCUCCCCUUACUCGUCCACUCCCUCUCAGCCACCCACACAACCGCCUCCCCCUCUCACGGCACCGCAGCCAGUCCGCGCACCCGUAGUCCCGCCCCCGGUGUCUCCCCCGGGCGGAAUGCCUGGAAUGUGGUCCCCCGAAAUGGGCAUCCGCUUCGGCUCCGCUGGGAUUCCCCCCGGUGCUGCACCCGCACCCGCUCCCGCACCCGCGCCAGCGCCAGCUCCGAGCCAUCCCACCCGGCCUACUCAACAGACCUGGGAUCCUAGCCAGGGACUGCGUUUCUCCUAA